CGAUGACAUAAGGCGGUUUGAAUGGGCAGAAUUCCCUCACUCACCGAAUUGACCGCCUCUGAUCACUAGCAUGACGCCAUGCCACAAGCAGUAAUGGUUCCUCAUGACGAUCAUCAUGUGAUCGACAUAGAGUUCGGUGCUGAAUGGUCAGACAUUGUCCUGUAUCUGACCGCGUGAUAAUUAUUGUGCUCGGGGGAAAAUCUGCGAGGUAGCGAGUUCAGCUCGUUAGGCAUACUGUUUGAUUGAGGGGCAAACCCAGUGUGAAAAGUAGGAGCCGUUCAUGGUUACUUAUUCCUUCUUCUCCUGCUACUUGCCAUCUGGUUUACAGUGAAAUUUGCUAGGUUGGGAGAUCAGGAAAGGCUCUCUAGUACCCGCGACUUCCACGGAUCGAAUCGAAUCUCCACCGCAAGCUCGGGUAUCUGGAAAUCUAAAACUAUAGAUUACACGGCAACUCUCGUAGCGUGCCUACCCCUGCCGAUGCGAGCACGCCAUCAUGGACUCCUCUGAUUUGAUCCAACCCACCACCAAAAGCGUCAGCUCCUCUCCCACGCAUCGAUCUUCAUCCCCCCGUCCUUCUAAUAGUCAACCGAGACGCAUGUCUCCCUUAACUGCGCGGGAUCAACCCAAUGUGGCGCCUGACCAGGGCCAGCCACCACCAUUCAAUGAAAUCACUCCGAUCGUGAGCAACGGCUCUACUAGACAGAACUAUCAAUCCACAGAGGGUUUGAGGAAUCGAGACUCUGGGUUCGGAGAUAGUCAACCGAAAAGCUCUGGCCAACGGAACACAAGGGAAGCCGACCAGCAAAACUGGCAAUCCGAUUCGACAGAACCCCAUGUAUCGUGGUUCAGUCGGAUCGCCGAUAGAUACGGCAGUCUGGAGUUGGAGAACAAGGGGAGUGUGGCUCGCGAUCAUCUGGCAUUAGAGCGAACAUUUCUCGCAUGGUUAAGGACAUCCUUAGCAUUUGCAUCCAUCGGAAUCGCCAUAACACAACUUUUUCGCUUGAACAGUUCAAGUUCAAGCACAUCGGGUGCGGACUACUCGUCGCAAGCCCUUCCCCCAUUGUUAUCACCACCGUUCUAUGAUCCCACGACCAUUAGGGUGACUGCCACUUCCGAACGUCUUCGGAGUAUCGGUAAACCUCUCGGAACAACUUUCAUUGGUGUCUCUCUUGUUAUUCUGCUGAUUGGAUUCCAUCGCUACUUUGAAAGCCAGUACUGGAUCAUUAGAGGGAAGUUCCCCGCUAGUCGCGGCAGUGUAGCGGUAAUUGCGUUUGUAGCCGCUGCUUUGAUCAUAGCCGCUUUAGUCGUCAUAUUAGCCAUCUCACCGGGCUCUGUUGAAGCUUAGUUUUAGCGAGGCAGGCGCUGCUACUCUUUACUCUCUUCAUUCUCCGCUGGCCGACCAUCGAUGACUUUUCACUAUAUCGGCUUUUAUUCUGGUGUAAAUGGAGGACCUUCGGAACCCUACUGUGAUCGACGUUUGUAACCCACGAAGACAGUCUCAUGUAGAUACGUGUAUUAGUGAAUAUAUAAUGUAAAGUGCCUAUUCGCGUGUGAAGGAGUUAGUCAACUGUUGUAUGGUUGUUCCGAAUGUCAGGAUAGGAGUCCAAACUAUGGAAGCCAUAACAGAUUGACUGAAGCACACCAUGUAUGAUGUCUGUCAACUCAUUGGCCCGCGCAUUGUUAUCCCAAGGGCGACAAAGCAAGAAUACUCUAUAUUGUCCGUUUCAUAGAUUCUUACUGUCUGCAUAGAAGGGACAUGCUCAUGUUGACUUGCCAGUCUAAGUUCAGCGUCUC